GGAGCAGAGCGUGCCGCCGCCGGAGCCGCGCCUGCCCUGGCCGGGGGAGCGAGAGUCGGAGGGAGGCAGGCAGCUUGGGAGGGCGCUGUCCCGCUCGGCGUCCGUGGCUCCGGCCGGGCUGCGCCCCGCGCCGCCUUGGCCGUGAUGAAGCGCCCUUGCGAGGAGACGACCUCCGAGAGCGACAUGGACGAGACCAUAGACGUGGGGAGCGAGAACAAUUACUCCGGGCAAAGUACUAGCUCUGUAAUUAGAUCGAAUUCUCCAACAACAACAUCUCAGAUUAUGGCAAGAAAGAAAAGGAGAGGGAUAAUAGAGAAAAGGCGUCGAGAUCGGAUAAAUAACAGUUUAUCUGAGUUGAGACGACUGGUGCCAACCGCUUUUGAAAAGCAAGGAUCUGCAAAAUUAGAAAAAGCUGAAAUAUUGCAAAUGACAGUGGAUCAUCUGAAGAUGCUGCAGGCAACCGGGGGUAAAGGCUACUUUGACGCACAUGCUCUCGCCAUGGACUUCAUGAGCAUUGGAUUCCGAGAGUGCUUAACAGAAGUGGCACGGUACCUGAGCUCCGUGGAAGGCCUGGACUCCUCCGACCCCCUGCGGGUGCGACUGGUCUCGCAUCUCAGCACGUGCGCCUCGCAGCGGGAGGCGGCGGCCAUGACGUCCUCUCUGGCCCACCACCACCACCCGCUACACCCGCACCACUGGGCAGCGGCCUUCCACCACCUCCCCGCAGCCCUGCUCCAGCCCAAUGGACUCCACACCUCCGAGUCAGCGCCUUGUCGCCUCUCCACAACCUCAGAAGUGCCUCCUGCCCAUGGGUCCACUCUCCUCACCGCCACAUUUGCCCAUGCAGAUUCUGCCCUUCGGAUGCCAUCGACGGGUAGUGUCACCCCCUGCGUGCCACCACUCUCCACCUCUCUUUUGUCACUCUCAGCCACUGUCCACGCAGCAGCGGCCGCAGCCACUGCAGCCGCACACAGCUUCCCUCUGUCCUUUGCGGGGGCGUUCCCCAUGCUCCCGCCAAGCGCAGCAGCCGCGGUGGCAGCCGCUACGGCCAUCAGCCCACCCUUAUCCGUAUCAGCCACGUCCAGUCCUCAGCAGACAAGCAGUGGAACAAACAGUAAACCGUACCGACCCUGGGGGACAGAAGUGGGAGCUUUUUAAGUUUUCACUGACUUCUUGCAAUAGUACCUGAAUGCCCUUCAUUUCAAAGUCAGCUUAAAACCUCUGCACCCUGAAAGUAGCCAUGCAGAUGUCCACAGAUCCACAAAGGAACAAUAAAGCUACUUGAGACAUAAACCUCACAAGUGGAAAUAUGGUAUUAUCUUUUUUCUCUUGUUUUGUUUAAGGCAGCUUGGUAACUGACAUCAGCAACUUUUGAAAUCUUCACACUUGUCUCCAUUUAGAAGUUUCUUGGAUAAUACAUGGACUGUCCCAUCCACAGGGUGUCAGUAUGUCUAAACUGGGGAAGAAAAAUGCCCCGACUGAUUUCUCUUGAAACUAGAUGGAUCACAAAUGAAUGUUUCAUAAGUGCCUGAGCUAGUGAAGUUUUCUUCUGAACAUGUAACAUUGCACAAGUAAAGAAAAGUGUUCAGGUUCGGUUAAGAAAGGAAAAGGACAGAAGUCUUGGAUUAGGUUGUAAACAUUUUAAUUCAGUGCCAGAGAAGAAUACUCUAGGCCAAAUACAACAGGUAUUUCUAGGCCAAAAGGAUUGCUGAAAAUAAUUUUCAAGUUGAAAGACCUAGUUUUAUCUUAAUUUGCUUUCUUUGUGCAGACUUGCCAAGUGGUACAGACUUAGCAAUACAUUGGUAUAAGCAAUUACUCCAUCAGUGCUCAGUUUAACAAGUAUUUCUGCCCUGCCUGCAAGCCCCAAGGCACUUUUCACUGCUCAAAAUUGGGUGCUGCUUUAUAUAAACCAUACAUUUACAGAGUGUGCCUACAAGCAGUUGCCUACUGUGCACCCACCAGAAGCUCUUUGAUUCAUGCCAACUUGAAAACUCUACAGUUUGUAAAAGUUUUGGUUAAUUUAUUGUCUCAUUUAGACUAUUUUUAUGUAUUUAUCAUCUUCAUUUUUUUCUGAUAAUGUGUAAUAUCUAUUCUUGUCACCUUUUGGGGAAAUGCUGCAUUUCUGGAGGUGGUAAGACAGGGAGAGAGCAUUGGAAAGAGAAAAGCAAUGAUUUUUAAAUGCUCUUUGUUAAGUUCAUGAUUGCAUAUGAUCCCAAAUAGAGAUGAAUAUAUGCAAUGGGAUGUACAUAGAUUAUUUUUGUUCAUGCCUAGACUAGUGCUACAUAAUGGUGUUUUUUUAUUUUGUUUCAUGACAAGAUAAUCUCUUAAAUACAUUGAAAUUGAGCACAUGAGAUUUAUGUUUGAAAGAUAAAGACACAGCAUGUAUUAUGCACUUCAUUUCUCUGCUGUGUGGAGAAAGCAAUAAACAUGAGAAUGUUAAACAUUAUGCAAGUUAUACUUUUAAAUAUUUGUUUGAAAUUACUGUACCUAGCCUUUUUUUGCAUUACUUUGUAACCUCUUUCUAUGCAAAAGUAUACGUAUCACUAAUUAAAUGAAAUCCUUUUUGACUAUU